AUGGGGAGUCCACGACCACGUACAGCUUUCAUCUCUGGCCACAUCGAGAUCGCGAAGGAAGUAUUCCUCGAACACUACCAAAGCAGACUCGAUACAGCUGUCACUGCAGGCGACAACUUUAUCCUGUCCAACGCCGGCGGCGCUGAUUCGCUGGCUCUGACAUACCUCUUCGAACACGGCGUGUCCCCGUCCAGGAUCACAGUCUACAUCCACACGCCGCCAGCACACCGACAAGCUCGCCGAAAUGAAACAAUGCGUCGCAUCGACGAGCUGCGCACCGGUCCUGCUGCGGUCGAGAAUUACCAGCGUCAAGGUCUCGAUGCUGCGGUGACGAGGGCAAGCGACUACGACAUACUAUGGGUGCGGCCGGAGGAGGAAACGGAAGCAUUGUAUGGCAGCAAGUACAGGCCAGGCAGAGUGAGUGGAACGGAGAAGAAUCGGCUGAGGUUGGAGAAUGAGGCCAGGCAGGUUGAUAGCUCGUAG